UCUUCUUAUUUCUUGUCUGGUUGUUCAAAGGAAGAAAAAAAAUCCAAGAAUUUGGAGAUCCUCCAUUACAGAAUUAUUAAUUCUGUAAUUUUAUUUUUAAUUUUUUUGUGGGGGUCUCCUUGUCUUCUUGAAAUUUUACAUUACUCAAAAUGUUGAGGCCUCAAAUAGUAUUGUUUGGGGAUUCCAUUACUCAAGCAUCGUUCAAUGUAGGUGGCUGGGGUGGUGCUGUUGCUAAUACCUAUGGUCGAAGGGCUGAUGUAUUAAUUCGUGGAUAUGCUGGAUUCAACACCACAUGGGGAUUGAUCAUGCUCCAACAACUAUUUCCAUUGGAUGAUCCAAGUGCAACACCUCUUGCUGGUAUCACUAUAUGUUUUGGAGCAAAUGAUGCUGCUCUUGUGGGAAGAUUUAGUGAAACAAAACAUGUUCCUAUUGAUGAAUAUAAGGAAAACCUAUGUAAAAUGACACAACAUGUGAAGCAAUAUUCCCCGUCAGUGCAAAUAGUGAUGAUAACACCACCACCAAUUGAUGAAGCAAAACGGCUUGAAGUUUUAAGGGCCGGGGGCAGAAAGAUCGAUGUGUCUGACAGGACACUCGAAGAGACUGGAAAGUAUGCGAAAAAGGUCGUUGAAUUAUCGAAAGAGCUAGGUCUCCCUUACAUCGAUCUGUGGUCUAAAAUGCAGCAAGUCGAAGGUUGGCAAAAGAAAUUCUUCUAUGAUGGUGUACAUUUCACACCAGAAGGCAGUGGUUUUCUUUACAAAGAGUUGGCUUUAGCAUUCAACCAAACAAGUAUCUCUAUUAACAACAUGCCUCUUGAAGGUGUUACAACCUUUCUGGGUUCAUCUAAUUCGCCGUGAAGGCCUUUCAGCAACAACCUCUCCUACCGUCUAACCCUACACCGUAUUCUUAUUAUAUCAUUUGUAUACAGAAAAUGAUUCUAAUGCAAAUGAUAGUUGAAUUUAUUACAUACUAUAUAAAUACCAGUUUCAUCAACAAAAGAAUGUCUUGUACAAUUGAUUCAAAUACAGAAAAUUCUCUUUGCUUUGAUGAACGUAAAAAAUUGUAAUGUUUUGGAUUGUAUACAUGCACAACCUUCUCAA